AUGAAGCUCCUCUCGUCAUGGGUCCUUGGUUUCCAAGGCUUAUGUGUCUUUGGUGCAAUGACUGAAUGCAAUAUAGAUUCCAUCCAGCAAUUCGUUGCAGGUCCUGGAACGGCUACAGUGACGUCUGCACAAGCCCUACAGCAGAACAGCACAUUUGGCGGGGGCGCUGCCGACCUUGAGUUCCCGGUGAAUGACACGGAUCUCCCAGCGCUCUGUGCGGUCACGGUCAACGUAAAGUCCUCCAAUACAUCCUCCUACAAUUUUGGCCUCUUUUUGCCGCAGCAAUGGAAUAAUCGCUUCAUCGCCACAGGUAAUGGCGCGUAUGCUGGUGGGAUCAACUGGAAUGACAUGGGCACCAAUGCCCGAUACGGAUUUGCAUCUAUGUCAACUGAUACUGGACACGUUUCGGGAUCCUUUGAUGCGAGCUGGGCUCUGAAUAACCCCGAGGCUCAGUUUGAUUGGGGCUAUCGGUCUAUGCAUGGGUCGGUUAUCUACUCUAAAUUGAUCACCAGUACGUAUUACGGUACAAACAUCAGCUAUUCGUACUAUUCCGGAUGCUCUACCGGUGGUCGGCAGGGCUUCAGAGACAUCGAACUGUACCCUGAAGACUUUGACGGAAUUCUAGCCGGGGCACCCGCGUGGUGGACGACACAUCUUCAACCAGACAAUGUCCAGGUAGCACUCCACAAUCUUCCGGUCGACGCUCCUACUCACAUUCCAUCUUCUCUUUUCCCUGUAAUAGGGGCUGAAGUCCUUCGCCAAUGCGAUCCUCAGGAUGGCUUCACAGAUGGAAUCAUAUCUGACCCCGAGGGAUGUAACUUUGUCCCGGAAAGGCUGCUUUGCACUCCUACUUCAAAUAAAAGCGCUUGUCUUACCGGACCUCAGUUGGACACUUUGUAUCAUAUCUACAACGACUGGUGGGAAACGAACCAGACGUUCGUUUUUCCUCACUAUGAAUUGGGAUCCGAGGCCCAGUACGGUUUUCUCCUCAACACGGACUCUGGAACCCCAACAGAACCAGGAAUCGCGUGGAUCCAGAACUGUCUUUACAACGACACGACGUGGGAUUGGCACGACUUCACUUACCAGGUGAUACUGGAUGCGGACCGAAUCAAUCCGGGGCAGGCCAACGUCGGGUUCGAUUUCACCGGGUUCUACCAGCGUGGCGGCAAGAUCAUUCAAUAUCACGGCCUUGCGGAUGGUCUGAUUCCUACGCCGAGCUCCGAACUUCUCUAUAAGAACAUCUGGAGAACCAUGGGAGCCGCAGGCAUUCCUCUGGAUAACUGGUAUCGCCUUUUCUUAGUCCCCGGCAUGGAGCACUGUCAAGGCACAGCGGUCAAUGCGCCCUAUUACAUAGCCUCUGCCGGUCAACCAUUUGCACUUGGUCAAGAUGUGUGGAGUGUUCCAGGGUACAGCGACCCAAAGCAUGAUGCUCUGCUGGCACUGCUGGAGUGGAGAGAGAAUGGUACUGCUCCUGAAUCGAUCAUUGGUACCAAAUUCAUCAAUGAGACUGUCACAGCCGGUGUCCAAAGGCAGAGACCAAUAUGCAUGUAUCCAAUGCAGGCAAAAUAUAGCGGCAACGGUGAUCCAGAUCUCCCGGAGAGCUGGCACUGUCAGCUUUUGUACUAG